AUGAAGUAUCAUCCGGUGGACAGCGUGAAAAGGAAGGAAGAACAAUCCACUGCACUCAAGAUGUCGCCGACGUAUGGCUCUGAUCACCGCUUGGAGGUUUUCAAAGAUUUGUACUAUCGGAAGUUCAUGACGAACUUAACAGUUGAUGCAGAUAUGGCUGAGGGCCUGGUGAGGCUUUUGGAUACAGUCGUUAUUAAACUUGAAGGAGGUACGGAUCACGAUUUGAAAGUUCUUGACCAAGGGCCUCCUCCGGACACGAUGGUUGGACCGAACAAGCGAGAGGGACAAACAGAAGAGGACGCGUUGAAAGCCAAGGCAAAAGCAUUGCUUAGUAAAGGAGAAAGUUCUGAUCCAGCCAAAAAAGAUCAAGAUGUCCCCAAGAAGAAACGAGCUCGAACGGAUAAUGAAGAUGGUUCUUCCUCUUCUGGGGAAGAUUCUGGCAAUGAAGAUGAAGAACUUGUUCCUCCUGGCAUGGAGACAAAGAAAGUGGACGAAGAUGGCGAGGGGAAGGAUCAGGAGGGCGAAGAGGAAGAGAAAAGCGAUGACGUGGAGGAGAAGUCAAUAGUUGAGCCGCCCGUGAAGAAAGAGCCCGAGUCCGAGAGUACCGAGGAGGCUAGAGCGUUGCAUAAAACCGCAUCCAUUUUCCUGCGUUCUAUUCAUCCCUCUGUUACCCGGGCCGAGAUUGAAAAUCUGUGCACGAAGUACCCGGGAUAUUUACGUUGCGCGAUUGCCGAUCCGGCACCGGAACGUAGGUGGUUUCGCCGUGGUUGGGUUACUUUCGAGCGGAAUACGAACGUUAAAGAAAUUUGCUGGAACCUCAACAACACCAGGUUGAAGGACGUGGAGUUGGGAGCGAUUUUGAACCGUGAUCUCUCGCGACGAAUAAGAACUGUUUCUGGGCUGACUUGUCAUAAGUCUGUGGUUCGCAAUGACAUCCGCAUUGCGGCCAAAGUUGUCAUGGCGUUGGAUGACAAGGCCGGUUUGUGGAAGGAUGAGGAUGAAGUUGAAGAUGCUCCCAAGCAAACGUACGGAAUCCAGUCGAAGAACCCGUUGAUGCACAACAUCACAGAAUACAUGAUUGAAGAAGCCUCGGCGGAGGAAGAUGAAUUGGUGGGUGCCGGCGGCGAUGUGGAGAAGAAAUCCGAGGACGACGGCUGCGACUUGGAGCGAGACGAGGAGCUGAUCACUGUGUUGGAUCGCUUGAUUCUCUACUUGAGGAUCGUGCAUUCCGUGGAUUUCUACAACCACUCGGAAUAUCCGAACGAGGACGAGAUGCCCAACAGGUGCGGAAUCAUGCACACUCGAGGCAUCCCUCCGAUGACCAAGCUGACGCAAAAGGAAUUGACUGACUACAUGAAAAAUUUCGAGACGAAAAUGUCGCCUUACAUGGAAAUUCCUGCGUUGCUUACAUCUGACGAGGCCAAGAAAUUCGGGCUGAAGGAUGUGGAUGAGGAAAUCGAAAAAUUCGUGAAGGCCAACACCCAAGAACUCGCGCAGGACAAGUGGCUGUGCCCGUUGUCAGGCAAAAAGUUCCGCGGGCCCGACUUCGUUCGCAAACACAUAUUCAACAAGCACGAAGACAAGAUUGAAGACGUGAAGCGGGAAGUGGAGUUCUUCAACAACUACGUGCGAGACCCGCGUCGGCCCGCGUUGCCAGAACAUCCCUCUGCGGGUGCUGGAGGUGGCGUCGGUGGUGGACACCUUGGCAGUGGCGCCUAUGGUGGGAAUGCUACCGUGGCUGCGUUGGCGUCGGCUGCUGCCAGCAGCCCCGCUGUUGCUGCUGCCAUGGCUGCGGUUGUUGGUGGGCGCCAUGGCGGAUCUCCGGACAUGAUGCCGAGAUACGGUUUCGGAGGAAGAGACCACGGCAAUGGUUACGGCGGCAGGCCCGGAAGAGAUUUCAGUCCACGUGGCGGAGGCAGACGAGGAAGCGGAGGAUUUCCGGGUGGAAGAGGCCGGGGCCGGGCCGACCCGCGUGCGAUGGUCGGUUAUCACGACUUGGAUGCUCCGGAAGAACUCCCCGACAGUGCUGUUUGGAACGUUGAUGGUGGAUUUGGUGGCGGUGGUUUUGGCGGUCGGAAGCGAACUUACCGCGAUUUGGACGCUCCGGAAGAAGACACCGUGUACUAAAUUCGAUUACUUCAUUUUUAUUUUACUCUCCCGCACUCUUGUUCUAUAAAAUCGUUGAUUUUUCGUCGAUACUGUAUUCCCCUAUACUGUAUUGUGUUAUUUUUCUGUUUACUCAUGUUUUUUUUUUCUGUGAAAGAGGUGUAGCAGUUUAUGUGGGUUAUAAUGCGAUUUGAUCACUCAAGUGUGUGUUUUUUUCAUUUUGAUGCGUGAAAAAGUUGGGCGAUGUUCUUGAUUUUUUGGCUUACUGAAGUGUUACGUCUGCAUAUAGCGUUUGAAGUUGAAUUUGAGAAUAAGAUGAUCUCUCUUCACAACGAUUUUCUCCCGCUUUGUUAUCCGCUCAACGAAUUUUUCUCUUGUCCUUGGAAAUCUACCAAAUCUACCAUGUAACCAAAUGCUACUCAUCUUCAUCGAAAGAUUUGUUUCAAGCGCCUUUUCUUUGAUCAUCUGAGUGAUGUUGUGAACUGUGUCCAUCUAAAUUGUCGUUGAAAUUAACUGUGAGAAACAUGUUCUUGGUAAACUUUGAUAUCCACGUUGUAAUCGAUAUCUCGGUCAGCUCAGGAUCAUUUCAAGGAGAGUUCACCUUGUUUUGUGAAUUUUGGCAGUGAUUCUUGUGUUGUUCAGAACUUGAAGUGUCUGUCUUAGAAUUACAAUUCAAGAAAAAGGAAGUAUUUUAAAGGUGUCUCGUAGCGCUAAUAAAUGAGAGAUUAAAUAUGGAGCUAUUUGACAUGAUCAAGUAAUAAUACUUCAUGAUUGUGAA